AUGGAAGCGCCAAGCACACAACACUGGGCGGCUAUCAAGCAGAUACUUAGGUACAUACAAGGUACACUAAGCUACGGGUGUUGUUACAAGACAGGUGGAGAAAAAGUGGCAUUGAUUGGCUACAACGAUGGUGACCUCGCCGGCGAUAUCGACAACCGGAAGAGCACCUCCGGGAUAGCUUUCUUCGUCGGGAACAACAUAGUGACAUGGACUUCUCAGAAGCAGAAGAUUGUUGCCCUAUCAUCCUGUGAGGUAGAGUAUGUUGCAGCGGCAACCGCGGCAUGGCAAGGCGUUUGGCUCAGUCGUCUCAUCGGCGAGCUAGUCGGGCACGAAGCACUGAGCUUCAAACUACUGGUGGAUAAUAAGUCGGCUAUUGCGCUUUGCAAGAACCCGGUGUAUCAUGUGAGGAACAAGCACAUUGACACAAAAUUUCAUUUUAUCCAAGAGUGUAUCGAGACCGGGAAAAUGGAUGUUGAUCAUGUCGGCACCGAUCGGUAG